AUGACCACUCUCCCCCGGAAGAAGGCUGCUCCUUCUGCUGGGCCGUCGCAGCCCCCACCCGUGGUCAAAGCAGUAAAAGUCGUACCUGACGAUGGCGCUCAAACUAUCCGAGCUCAGUCGAAGAAAGACAAGACGAAGGCUGCGAAUGGACAAGAUGGUGUGGAUAGAGCAGGGAUGAGCAAAGAUGUGGUCAAAGCUGUUCUGGCAAGUCCGUUGACUGUAGCCUGGCCAAAUAUCCCUCGACAUCUGCAAAAUGCUACUCUGCAUGCAUUGAAAGAACUCGUACCAUCUGAAAUUGCCGAUUACCACGUAUCUAGAGCGAGAUGUCAUCAACGAGAGAAGCGGAAACAUAGGAAGUCAACGCGUAAUGCGAAUGGCAAAGGGGUUCAAGAGAAAUCAAAUGAUGAUGGUCAGGACGUUGAAAUGACCGAAGGAAUCAGGACCACUUCGAGUGCCGGAGACACAGCGACUAGUGGAGUAGGGACUAAAAGGGUCUCUAUCGAACCCUCUCAAGACGGACCAGCACAGAAAAAACUGCGACUGGAUGAAACUGGAGAAGCAGAAGGAGGAGGAGAAGGUGUAUCGGGAUCUAAACCUGUCAAACCUGAAAUACUAUCUCACAUGGUCUUAGGGAUAAAUGAAGUGCUCAAAUCUCUGGAAUCGCAAAUAUCGGAUUUGAGAAUCCGUAUAAUGAUCAUGGGAGAUAAAUUAAACGGUGUACCUACGACUUUGGCUGGAAAUGAGAAAGGUUCAAACAAAAGUUAUUUAUUACCUACUGCACCUAGAUCACCUUCACUCUCUCCCGAACCCGAAGUUGAGGUCGCCAAGGACGGUGACCCAGCUAAAGCUCUGAAUCAAGAUAUCUCACCAUUGGAAUUUAUAAUCGUUCCAUUACUAUCUAUCAAUCCACCUUCCUUAGUUUCACCAAUUCCACAGUACUGCGCAACCUACAAUACUUUCGUAUAUCAGCAUAAUCAAUUAGCUAAGAUCUGUAAGACCCGCCUGAAGCCCGGGCAAUAUGAGGAGGUUGUCAGUGGGGCGAAAGAGGAAGUGAGGGUCGUUCCUCUCGGCGCGGUAGAGAAGGAGAUUGCAGAGCUGGUAGGGCUGAGAAGAGUCGCGUGCUUGGGUGUAAGAAGUUCACAUCCCUCCAUCUCACUACUUCAGAACCUCUUACCUAAAAGUAUACUACAUUCACCCAGACACUCAAUAACCCUACCUAUACCUACAUCGUCCUUGAACAUUCACAACAAAGCACCCUUGACUGAAGGUGCCAAAUCAACCACGAAAGUGAAGACUCCAAUUGCCGGUGUUCAUUAUGCGGAUCUGCAUAUCAAGGGAAUCAAAACGAAGAUGCCGGUUGAUAAUGCCGCCAGGAAAACUAAGAGGUUGGAGGAAGUGAGGAAGAAGAGGGUCGAAGCGAAGAUGAAAAAGAAGGAGAUGAGGGCGAAAGGCAAGCAGAAGGAGAAGAAGUGA